UCUCCAAGGCAGAGUCAUUCAAACUUUGGAGGCUUGGCAUUGCAGCUUUGUGGCUUGAGCUCCUGGCUGUCAUGGAUGCGCCAGAGGUGAUCUGGGGCUUGCUGCGCAUUUUGCUCGCGGUGGCCCUUCUGGCUUUUGGCCUUUAUUGCUGCUACAUAAAAUCAAUCCACAUGAAGUAUGAUCAUAUCCCUGGCGCCCCAAGGGUGAGCUUUUUUCUUGGACAUGGGCCACUCAUUUGGAAAAUGGUUAAAAACCAAGAGCCAUUGGGGGAUCUCUUUCUGCAGUGGGCUGAAGAAUAUGGACCAGUCGUGCGUUUUAAUGUGCUUCACAAAGCUGUGGUCUUAGUAUUAAGCCCCGAAGGAGUGAAGGAGUGCCUGUUGUCACCACAGUACCCAAAAGACCAAGAAUAUGAACGUACUUGCAAUAUAUUUGGAGAAAGAUUUUUAGGGAAUGGCUUAGUAAGUGACCUUGACCAUGCCCGCUGGUACAAACAGCGGAGAAUUAUGGAUGUGGCUUUCAGUCGAAGUUACCUCACUCGCUUGAUGGGAACCUUCAACGACCAAGCAGACAAGCUUAUGGAGCAGCUGGAGGGAAAAGCUGAUGGAAAAACUGCAGUCGAUAUGCUGAGUCUGCUGAGUCGAGUGACCCUGGACAUCAUUGCAAAGGUGGCUUUUGGCUUAGAACUGAACACUGUCUAUGAUGACCAGACGCCUUUUCCACGUGCCAUAUACAUGACCCUACAAGGACUAUCCAAAUCCCGCAUUCCUUUUUUCGAGUACAUGCCAUGGAACAGAAAAGAAGUGAAAGGUGUUCAGGAGAGCAUAAGGCUGCUACGUCGUACUGGGAAGGAGUGUAUUGAACAGAGGCGUAAGGACAUGCAGGAUGGAGAAGAGAUCCCGUUGGAUAUUCUCACUCAGAUACUGAAGGGUGCAGCACAGGAAGAGGGCUGCAACGAUGAACUGAUGUUGGACAAUUUUGUCACCUUCUUCGUUGCAGGUCACGACACCACUACUACCCAGUUAAGUUUCACCAUAAUGGAGCUGUCACGAAACCCUGAGGUAGUUGCAAAACUUCAGGCUGAAGUGGAUGACGUCAUUGGUGUGAAGAGAGACAUCGCCUAUGAAGAUCUUGGGAAGCUCCAGUGCUUAUCUCAGGUUCUCAAGGAAGCCUUGCGCUUAUACUCUCCGGUUCCCACUGUUCCUCGCUGGACAAGGAAGGAAACCGUCUUUGAAGGAGUCAAAAUUCCAGCAAACACAACUCUGAUGUUUAGUCAAUAUGUCAUGGGACGCAUGAAAAGGUUUUUCAAAGACCCGCUUAUCUUCAAUCCUGACCGGUUUAGCAAAGACCAAACAAUACCAUACUUUACCUACUUCCCCAUUUCCCUUGGAGGUCAUACCUGUAUUGGGCAGCUAUUUUCACAGUACAUGCCAUGGAACAGAAAAGAAGUGAAAGGUGUUCAGGAGAGCAUAAGGCUGCUACGUCAUACUGGGAAGGAGUGUAUUGAACAGAGGCGUAAGGACAUGCAGGAUGGAGAAGAGAUCCCGUUGGAUAUUCUCACUCAGAUACUGAAGGGUGCAGCACAGGAAGAGGGCUGCAACGAUGAACUGAUGUUGGACAAUUUUGUCACCUUCUUCAUUGCAGGUCACGACACCACUACUACCCAGUUAAGUUUCACCAUAAUGGAGCUGUCACGAAACCCUGAGGUAGUUGCAAAACUUCAGGCUGAAGUGGAUGACGUCAUUGGUGUGAAGAGAGACAUCGCCUAUGAAGAUCUUGGGAAGCUCCAGUGCUUAUCUCAGGUUCUCAAGGAAGCCUUGCGCUUAUACUCUCCGGUUCCCACUGUUCCUCGCUGGACAAGGAAGGAAACCGUCUUUGAAGGAGUCAAAAUUCCAGCAAACACAACUCUGAUGUUUAGUCAAUAUGUCAUGGGACGCAUGAAAAGGUUUUUCAAAGACCCGCUUAUCUUCAAUCCUGACCGGUUUAGCAAAGACCAAACAAUACCAUACUUUACCUACUUCCCAUUUUCCCUUGGAGGUCAUACCUGUAUUGGGCAGCUAUUUUCACAGAUGGAGGCUAAAGUGGUGAUGGCCAAAUUUCUCCAGAGGUUUGAAUUCCAGCUGGUCCCGCCUCAGAGCUUUAAAAUUAUGGAGACAGCUUCGCUGAAGCCAUUAGAUGGCUUAGUAUGCAGACUGAGACCACGGCGCCACCUUCGCUAUGAAGGGGAUUAAAUAAUCGGCAGUAGGAUAUUGUCAUCUGCAGCUUGAAUUCCUACUGAAACCCGCUUAAAAGUUCCAUUUCCCGGUGGGUUGGAGGAGGAGAGAGCUCAUUUUGGAGUUGGGGCCAUUUUGCAAUCAUAGUUGAUGGGUUUUUAAAAAAAUUAUUUAAUCAUUUUUUCAAUACAAACAACCGCAAAAGACACUACAACAAAUACCAUAAUAACAAUAACACAAUUU